GAUACCCCAGAAGAUGAAAACCAAAAGCUUUUUAGGCCGUUCUCCAAAUCAUGUGCUGUGCCUUGCAGGCUAUUAGAAGACUGACCACUUAAUUUAAGUGCACGAAUAGUUAGAUGAGGCUCAUAAUGGAAGGCAGGCAUACAGUGCACCAACUGCAUAAACCCAUCAAAGAGCUGAGCCACAUCAGCUUGUAUUUUCCAAGGGGAAGAGUCAGGAGAUUUACGUACAAAGGCAGUGCUUUUUCACGGGACCAGCCCAACUGCUUUGCUAAGUAUGACCAGGCAAAGGAGGAGCCGGAGGGAGUAAAACAGAAGGCCCAGUCUUGUGAGAGCAUUGCGAAGCAUCUUAACUUAACAACAACAAAGAGUGCUGUUACAGAGUUCUACAGGCUGACUGCAGAGUCAGUGAGGGUCCUCGCGGAUCUGUUUGCUAUAUGCGCCUACUGCAGGAGCAUAUUUCAAAUGGGAAACCAGGAUGGGAAAUUUCCGGGCUACCCAGAGAGUGGGAACCUGCGGACAGACAGCGAAGACAGGCGCUGUAGCAGCAGCAGUGAUGUACAGCACUUCCAGUCACUUUCCUUAUCGACUGAGCAGAAGAAAACUGCAUCCAAAAGCAGAAAUAUGAAGAAACUUGGCACUAGGAAGGGGGAUAGCGCAAAAGGGAUUCUGCAGAGUAAAAUCAAGAGGAAAGUGUACAGUGGCACAGAGUCGUCCUCCAUCUGUGUUUCUAAAGGAAAAGACAGGAAUAUUUACAGCAAACUCCCUGCAAGUCCCAAAGACCCUGGUGUAGUGUCCUACACCAGCAUGGAAAGCAGUGCCACGUCAGCUUCUCAGGAAACGGAUAAGAUAGAAAAGGAAGACUGGGAAGUUUUAGAGGACUCCAAAAACUUUGAGUCAGACACAGACCUGUGUAGUGAAUUAUCAGAGUAUGAUAACGAGUUCCUCACAGGGUAUGGGGUUUCUUAUGGCAGCAGCUUCCUGGAUGAGGAAGACAGCAUUAAACUGGAGCGGAAUAUGUGUGGAUAUUACAUGGACAGCAUGGCGGAGCACAGUUUACCUGGCAGGGAUGUUAAGAAGACUGCAGAUCAGCCUUACCCUUACCAACAUGGAGUUCACAAAAGAGAAACUGGGAUUAAAGUUGUUGCUAAACUACAGGAGGUGGAAGCUGUCGUGCAGAAAGUGUGCAGAGGAGAGUCGGUGGAAAGCAAGGAGUGUACAGAAGCAGCAAAUGAAAGCGUCACAUCAGGGUUCACUGCAGUGCAAGGCAGACUUCUCACUAAAGAAGAUGUACUCUGCGUACCUGUGGUUGAUUCAGAAUCCGGCUUAGGUUUGUCUCAGGACUGCAAUAAAAAGGAUCUUUCUGGCUCGGGACAACACAGGGAAGCAGCUCUCUCUAACAAUGAGUCUUGCAAUCUUGGCGAAGUGGUCAAUAGAAAUCUUUUUAAAGUUAUCCAAAGUGACAGUUUCGAUGAAGCCGCCGAAUUGAAAUGCCUGAGAAUAAGCAGAACAGCCUCAAGGGUUUUAGAGGGAAUGCAGGACAACAAAAGUGCAUUAAACUUAGACAAAAAUAACCCGGAAUUUCUGAUGCUACCCCUGCAGUACAGUGCUGAGGGAAACAGCAGUUUUAAAUUAGAGGGCAAGAGCCCCACUUCACCUUCAUUAGCUGCUGUAUGUAACGUGUUUAACAGCUCCUUCCCCUCGUCCAGUAGCUACCAGUGCAUGUCACCUGCCCCAUCCCCGUUGUCCUCCAGACUUCCCAGCCCACAGCUUAACCACAGGAUCCUGCCUCUACCCCAGCAGUGCACAGAGGAGGAGGGGGCUCUAUCUGCUGUAGGCUUUUCAAUAGACAGCGUACAGAAGCCCCACACGCAGAGACCCACCUCCAAGGUUUUGGAUAAGAAUGGAAACAAAAGCACUGUGACACACCUGGGCUUGAGUCUGAAUAGAGAGAGGCAGGGUAACAGUGGGAAACGGAACGGAGCGAGUGUUCCAACCCCAGAGGAUCCCUGUUUGAAGGUCUGGCUGUCGGACAGUGAAGAUGUCCGGUUCAGUAACCAUGAGACGGUAUUGCUGCAGGGCUCAAGGCCAGAGCACUUAGACUUCGUCCGAAUCACGCCGGUGGAAGGUGGCAACCUCGUGGACAAACUGUACUAUAGUCACCAGGAGCUGGAUUCCGAGCUGGCCUUUCCCACUGACAGUGAAGACAGAACGCCCAAGCGGCUGGUGGCUGUGUGGCCUCCACCCAAACCCAAAGAAGAAGAAGAGAAAGUGGGCCUGAAGUACACGGAAGCUGAACAUCAAGCUGCCAUUCUUCAACUAAAGAGAGAAAGUAAAGAAGAAGUUGAAAACUUACAAAAAAACUUUGAACUGCAGGUCUUUGAAAUACGAGGGGAGCAUGCUGUAGCGAUUGCAAAACUUGAAGAUACAAUUGAAGGACUCAAAAAGAACUUGGAAAACAAUGUCUGUAAUAAAGUCAGGGGAGAACUCAAAGAGGUCUCUGUUUCCACGGAAGACGACAUGCCGCCAAAAUCCUUCCGCACCGUGUGCAUCCAGACAGACAGGGAGACCUUCCUCAAGACCCCUGAGGAAGAGACCAGAAUUAUCCAAAGCAACCAAACCGUGCCUAAAAAGCUGGACCUUGAGUCUAUAAACCAGAGUCUUGCAGGCAACACAGAACUUGGUGGUUCAGGACCAGUACUACCCCCUCCUCCCCCCCCCCCCUCUCCUAAUACGAGUGCUGGGCCCCCUCCACCUCCACCCCGGAGGUGCCUCACUCCGAGGUUGGGGGGAAGGAGGAGGGAACUCCUCCAACGCCGGGGGGAGGCGGAGGAGGAGCCUCCUCCUCUCCCACGGCUCGGGGGGGGGGGUGGAAAGGUACAGUUGCCGGGGGUGGGGGUGGACCUCCGCCCCCCAUGCCCGAGCCUCUGGACCCCACCACCACCCCCUCCACCAGGAGGCUUUGCUUUCAGCCAGAUGUUUGACAAAAAGCCCCGGAAACCUGCAAUAGAGCCAGCAUGCCCCAUGAAGCCCCUGUAUUGGACUCGAGUUCAGCUCAAAGAGAACAGUGAUAGCACUUUGUGGGGGUCACUGGAGGAGCCAAGUAUCCAAGAUCCCAAAGAGUUUGAGGAGCUGUUUUCCAAAGCUGCUGUCCAGCAGACGAAGAAGCCGCUGUCAGACUCCUACGAGAAGAAGGCAAAGGCCAAAAAGAUUGUUAAGCUGCUGGAUGGGAAGCGUUCUCAAACUGUUGGGAUCCUGAUUUCUAGUCUGCACCUGGACAUGAAGGAUAUUCAGCAAGCUGUUCUGACUGUGGACAACUCAGUUGUGGACUUGGAAACCAUUGAAGCUUUGUAUGAAAAUAGAGCACAAAGCGACGAGCUGGAUAAGAUAAAGAAGCAUUACGAAACUUCGAAAGAGGACGAGGUGAAGCUGCUUGACAAACCAGAACAGUUCUUGUACGAGUUAUCUCAGAUUCCUGAUUUCUCCGGACGAGCCCGUUGUAUUAUAUUCCAGCCUGCAUUCAUCGAGGGAAUUGCUUUAGUGCGUCGCAAAGUAGAGAUUGUAGAUCGUGUUUGCAAGGGCUUGUUGGAGCCCCGCAGUGUCAAGGACUUGCUAGGAUUGAUCCUGGCUUUUGGAAAUUACAUGAACGGGGGGAAUCGUACAAGAGGGCAGGCGGAUGGCUUUGGGUUGGAAAUUUUACCAAAGUUGAAAGACGUGAAGAGCAGGGACAAUAAAACCAGUUUGGUGGAUUACGUUGUCUCAUAUUAUCUACGAUACAUUGACAAGGAUGCAGGAACGGAGAAGACUGUCUUCCCCCUCCCAGAGCCGCAGGACCUGUUUCUGGCCGCGCAGGUCAAGUUUGAGGAUGUGACAAAGGACCUGAGGAAACUGAAGAAGGAGCUGGACGCUUGCGAAAAAGAGAUUGCAGUGGUGUGCAAAAACUCAUCAGAGGAGCAUCUCCAGCCUUUUAAGGAGAAAAUGGAAACCUUUGUUCAAACUGCACGCCAAGAACAUAGUGUCGAAGAGGAUCAUUUGAAAACUGCUCUAAGAAGCUUUGAAGACACAGUGCGAUAUUUUGGUGUGAAGCCAAAGUCGGGGGACAAGGAGGUCACUCCAAAUGUUGUCUUUAUGCUGUGGUUCGAGUUCUGUAAUGACUUCAAGAACAUUUGGAAGCGUGAGAGCAAAAAUAUUUCCAAAGAAAGACUCAAGGAGGCCCAGCUGUCUGUUCAGAAAAUGACAGCAGAAAAGAAGGUUGAAACCAAGAGGAUAAGCCCCAACAGUCUGAAAGAACGGCUACGUCAGAAGGAAGCAACUGUAAGCACCAUCUAAAACAAGGAGAGUGGAACUGUGACUUGACAAUGUUACACUUCGCUGUCAGACUACCAACGCUCAAGCUUCUCUCGCUGCUAGCUGUAUUCCACUCCCCCUGUCGAGUUGAUAUGAGAACUCUAGUCACGUGAUGAUGCACUGGGCAUAUAUCCUUUGUUUAUAGUUAGCAGGGUAGAAAGUCCCUCAUGAAGUCAUUCCUUCAGAAGCUUAGAGCAGGCAGUGAUGUUUCUUUAUUGUGCGUGAAAGCAAAAUGCUUAGGAAGACCUGGGGCUAUGAGGUCAACAGACUGCUGUUAUAUCAAUGUAAUAAGUCCCUGCUAUAAAUAACCUCUAUAAGUGGAGCGCUGCACUCAAACAUACAUGAGAGUUCCAAGGUUAGUUUCUGGUUUAAAAUGUUCUCUGCUGAGCUGGUCUUAUCUGUAAUUUUAAGCAAUACAAAUGCAUCAUAUCUGGAGGUUUUAAUACUUGUUAGAUACUUCUGAGAAGUUAAGGUGUGUUUAAUGAAGAGUUCAAAGAAAACUAUGGAGUCUUACUGAAACUUUGAUAUGUUUAUCUUAGGAGCUCAGAUGUUGCCUGGGUUUAUUAAAAGAGUCUGAUAUAAAGUUGUGAUUGGUCUCUACCCUUUACCAUCCAUAUGUGCAGCAUGGUUUUCGUAAUGACAGAAUAAGAAGGAGGGUUUGCAGUCUGAUUUAGGAGGUGAGAUUGCUGGUUGUGUAUUUAUAAAAGAGCCAGUCGACACAUGUUAGUUUAUGGGCCAAGUCAUGUGUGCAUUGCCAAAUCUAUGAAUGACAAAUAAUUAAAUAAAUCAUGCAUUAUUAUUUAAAAUUUGGUAGCAUGUUUCCUACCAACAUUACUUAUAGAUAUUUAAGUACAUUUAAAUGAAACACAUCUCCCAGAUCAAGUCAUUAGUACAUCUACAUGUCAUCUGUUGUCUUCUUUGCAAAUGGCUUAAAUUGUAUGAAGAGAACUGAGAUAUUCUUUUUUUCUAGUAUUUUACAGAAAUUCCUAGUCAGAGCAAGAAACUGCUAGCUCUUAAAAUUGACAUAAAAAAAUGAAGUACAUUCCCUAAUAACUUGAAAUAUCGGCUAAAAAUAAUUAGCAAGAUUACCAACAACAAUUUACAUUUAAAAACAUGUCUAUGUGGUCUUUAAAAACGUACAUAUUUGUUAUUUCCUCAAAAAGGAUAUUGUAUAAUUAAAUCUCUUUACA